AUGGCCAAGCUGGGGACCCUGCAGGCGAUCACCUGGGCAAUGCCGCUGCUGAAUGCCUCUCUUGGUGCUGAACCGGACGCCCCCCCUUUCUACCGAUUCUCGGCCACCUCCUCCGCUCUCUUGAGCACUUUGAUGGUUCUCCUGGUGGUCGUCACCACAUUCGGGAACGCUUUGGUGAUCCUGGCUUUAGUGGUGGAUAAGAGUCUGCGGAGUCAAAAUAAUUUCUUCCCCUUAAACCUAGCCAUCUCCGACUUCUCAGUGGGAAGGUCAACAGAAUUUUGCAUCCCUUUGUACAUUCCCUAUGUCCUGACUGGCCGAUGGGUGUUGGACAAGACUGGCUGUAAAUUCUGGCUGGUGAUAGAUUACCUCCUUUGUACAUCUUCAGUCUUUAACAUGGUCCUGAUAAGUUAUGACAGAUUCAACUGUGUGAUUAGACUGGUUUCAUAUCGAGCUCAGCAAGGGAAGAGAAGAAAUGGCAUCAAAAUGAUGCUGGUUUGGCUCACUGCAUUCCUUUUGUAUGGCCCAGCAAUAACAGCCUGGGAAUAUAUAAUUGGCAGGAGCUUUGUGCCUGAGGGAGAAUGUUAUGCUGAGUUUUACUAUAACUGGUACUUUCUGAUAACAGUAUCAACAGUGGAGUUCUUUGUACCUUUCAUCAGUGUCAUGUAUUUCAACCUAAGCAUAUACCUCAAAGUUCAGAAAUGAACAAGGACACAGUCAAAUAACUUCUGGAACACUACGCAAAUUUGUGAUUCAACAACAAGGUUCACUGAUCUAAAAGUCAAGAGGAAUAGGUCAGAAACACCUGAUCACUUGAAACGCAGAACCAAUCUAGGAAAAAUAAUUCCAUCCAGUGAAGAAAAAUGUUUAAUGAAAGAAGGAAUUUCACAAUCGCAGCCAUUUUCAAAGAGAAAAAUUAAACUAAUUUCUCAGAGUGUUGUGCAACAUUUUAGAUUGUCCAGGGACAACCGAAUUGCUAAAUCACUUGCUGUUAUUGUUUGUAUUUCUGGCAUUUGUUGGGCACCAUAUACCUUGCUCAUGGCUGUCAGGGCAGGAUGUCAUGGGAACUGCAUUGCACUUGAUUGGUAUGAAUCUUCAUUCUGGUUUCUGUGGAUUAACGCUGCUAUUAAUCCAAUUCUGUUUCCUUUAUGUCACAAAAGUUUUAAAAGAGCUUUUAUGAAACUCUUUUGUCCCACAAAACUAAAGACCACGUUCCCUAUGGCAAUAGUCCAGCAACACAUAUUUAAAUAG